AGUGGCUUCCUGCCCCCCCGUCCUCCUCCUUUCCCAGGCCAACCCCUCCUCGCGAGCCGCCCUUUGCAACAGGAAACCCCGCCAAACUCCGUCCCGGGGGCCUCCAUCCGAAGGUGGGAAGGCAAGGCUCCCUUUCGGGCCAGGUCUAUGUUCGUCCUGGGCCCUCGGGGCGUCUGAUUCAACUGCAAUCCUAACCCCCACUCUGGGGGAAGGAUGGAGGUGGAGGAGGGAUACAAUGGGAACCCAGGACUGGCCACCCGGACUGGGUCUGCCAUGGCCAUCAUUGGGGCUGAAGAUGAAGACUUUGAGAAUGACAUUGAGCCGAACCCAGAUGCUCAAAGCGGCUUGUUUCAGAACCUGAAGGUCCUGAAGCUUCAUCCUGCCUAUUUGAUGGUGUUUGUACAGCAUGUAGUGUUGCAGUUCGAAUCCAGCCCUGUGCUGCUGCGGGUCCCCAUUCCAACCAGCGUCCAAUUUGAACUGGACCGAAACCGGCCAGAACUUCUUUCAGAUGAUCAGCAACGGAAAUACUUGCAGGAAAUCCAGGCUUUCCAAGAACCUGAGAUUGCUCGGCAGCUGGAGGAUUUCAGGGAAAAAAGGAAGAUGGGAAUGACGCCGGGCGAGGCAGAGCUUAUAGAGCUGGAAGGCUAUCGGACGAAGGACAGGGGCAUCCGUGAAGCCAAGGAGAAGCAGCUGGCUGAGCUGCUGCUUGUCAAGCUGGAGGAGAUGCACCUCACCAUUUCUGCCGACGAGGAGAAAAGCUCUGCCAUCUUCACUGCUAUCGUGACGUAUAUGAAGCAGCUGGGGGUUAAGACGAAAGCAGCUGAUAACAAGAAGUCCAAAGCUAACUUCUUCCGCAAGAAGAUUUCUGGGACGAAGAAGCCCGAGGAAGCUCCCAAACAAAAAAAGAGCUUUAGUAUUUUGGACCCAGCACGCUGGAACCGGGGCGACUCUCAUUAUACUGAUUACAGACAGUCCAAACCCGAGGGUGAAGCAGGUGAAAAAGCACCAGCCUUGGACAGGAAAGGAGCAAAGCAAGCCGAGGGAGGCCUGGCUCGUGGGAAGGGAAGCCCUCUGGGUCCCGAUGUCCCUGCAGUGUCUGUCAGUGUUCACCCCCCACCCGGGGAAGCCAACGACGGAGAGCAGGGCUCAGAGGCUCAAGGUCCAGUGGAUUCGGUGGAUGUCCCUGUCGUGGAGCAACCACUGGCUGGGGACCAGCCCACAGCAGAUGAUGGAGCAGAAAACGAAAGAAGGCGAAAAAGGCUGACUGGGAAGUUGGGCCGCUCCGAGAGCCUGCGCGUUUACGAGCGGAAGCGGUCUCAACGUGGCUCAGCCAAGGGCAAGCAGCCGCGCUCACGGAGCGAUGUGGACCUCGAGGCUGCUGCCCGUGCCAGUGAACUGGAGGAGAAGCCGUCCCUAGGGCAGGCCCGACAAAAGCCGGGGAGCUGCAAUUUGGAGCCCGGAGGGGCCGGGGGAGGGGACCCCCCGCCGUCCUUUCUGCAUCCCCAGUCUGAGGAGAAUGAGCCGCGCGUUUCGGAACUGGAGCUGGAACCGCCGAACUGGCGGGAACUCAUCCCCCCCGACACACUCCUCAGGCUGAAGAAAAGUGAAGUGAAGCGGCAGGAAGUGAUCAAUGAGCUGUUCAUCACCGAACAUGCCCACGUCCGGAUGCUCCGGGUGCUUCAGGAGGUCUUCUACCAGCCCCUGCUGACCGAGGGGUUCUUUUCGGAACGAGACUUGGAGAACAUCUUCCCCAGCUUGGAGGACCUGAUUGACGAACACAAAGCGUUUCUGGAGAGCUUGAAGAAACUAAGGGAGGAAAACAAUUCGCUUGUUUCUGAAAUCGGAAGCACUCUGCUGGCUCGGUUUGACGGAGGCGAUGGAAGCUGGUUCCAGAAGAUUUCAGCUCGCUUCUGCAGCCGCCAGUCUUUUGCGUUGGAGCAGCUGAAGUCCAAGCAGAAAAAAGAACCUCGUUUCAACCAGUUCAUACAGGAGGCAGAAAGUCAGCCUCGGUGCCGACGGCUGCAACUGAAGGACAUCAUUCCCAUUGAAAUGCAGAGGCUCACCAAGUACCCCCUACUUCUGCACAACAUUGCCAAAUGUACAGAGGAGACAGAAGAACGCAAGAAGGUAGAGACGGCCGCCGAAUGCUGUCGGAACAUCCUCAACCAUGUCAACAAGGAGGUCCGCAACAUGGAGAACUUCCUGAAACUCAAAGAUUAUCAGCGACGCUUGGACCUCUCUAACCUGAAGCAAAGUACAGACCCGCUGCUGAGCGAAUUCAGGAACACAGACAUCACCCGGAAGAAUCUCGUGUGCGAGGGACCCUUGACGUGGCGCGUUUCCAAAGAUAAAUCAGUCGACGUUCAUGUCCUUCUCCUGGAUGACAUCUUAGUCCUUCUCCAGAAGCAAGAGGAGCGCUUUAUCCUGAAAUGCCACAGUCGCACCAUCAUCCCAACCCCUGACGGGAAGCAAAUGCUGAGCCCCAUCAUCAAGCUCAAUUCGGCCAUGAUCCGCGAAGUGGCCACAGACAUCAAGGCCUUCUAUGUCAUCAUCAGCUGGGAAAACGGUGCUCAGAUCUAUGAACUGGUGGCGCAGACUGUCUCAGAAAGGAAGAACUGGUGCAGUAUGAUCAGCGAGACGGCUGGCUCUCUGAAACUGCCUCGCUCUACCCACCAGAAGCCACGGCUUUCGGUCACCAACCGGACUUCGCCGAGCAAUCCCGGCUACUAUGGAGAAAGCCUUCUGGGUGGGGUGGAGAACGGCGGUUCCCUCAAGGAAGUUCUACAGUCAGAUGAACGAGAAAAGGAUGAGAUGCUGGAAGGGGCAGAGUUUGAAGAACGCAGCCCUGUGGGUGAACCAAAGCUGGGCAAGGCCAUGGAAGAGUUUUUGGCUGAUAUGUUGACACUCUACAAACCUCGGCCCGUCGGCCCAGGGACGCUGGCCUCGGCGGCACAGGAGAGAGUAUCCGCCGUGAAGAGGUUACUUCAGUUAUCAGAGGAAGGGGAGAUGAUCUUUCCAGCGGAGCCCAUGGAUGGCCCGCCCGAGAAUGGGAACCCCCCUGAAGGGGAAGAAGAAGGGAACUGGGAAGCUGGUCAUGCCCUGGAGAUCGGAAGCAAGAGCAGCAAACGACAAGGAGACACCCCAAAUGGCCCUCAAGAACCAGAGUGGGGCUCAGAGCACCUGGAUAGGGAGGUGUCUUCUUCUCCAGUGAUUCUGACCCACCAGCAGUCCGAUGGGGUGAAGCAUCACUUGCGGCUUCUAGAAGAUGCCAUUCAGGGCCUGAAGGAGAUAGAAACAGAUUAUUGGCGCCUGCAGCAGCUGAUGGGGAAACUGACGUCGGCUCAACAGCCCAGUUUCACAUGAGGCUCGGCCAGUCAGGCCUGUCCUAGCCCAGAAGGAAGAGGUCUCUGGGCCACCCGUUCUCCUGCCAGAGGGCGUUUCGGCAAUCAAGUGGGACCUUCGCUGCUGCUGCUUCUUUCUUUCUUUCUUUCUUUCGUCUUCCUUUUUUGUAUAGAGGAUUUGUAGUGUCAGGAGAGACCCUCUUGAGAUUUUCAAAAUAUAUUUAUAUACUGCCUAGACCACACUAUUGGGAGGGGGGGCAUAUAUAACAGCUGAGGAAUUGCAUUUAGGUAGCAUGUCCUAGCCUUCCUGAGAAGCAGAAGACAGCUGUUCCAUCGGGGCGAAAAGGUGCUCUAGGAUAAAUCAGCUUUUCCUUCCGCUGCUAGCUUUGCAAAGGUUGGUCCCAGUGAGAGUUGUUGGGUGUUUUAUUUGUUUUUUUUUUUAAUUUAUUUACAAAAUUAGGUUCUGGUGGCCAAAAAAAAAGGAGGGCGGGGCAGUCGGCUUUUGACUUUGACAGCCGCAGCUCCUGAAAACAGUAAGGAGGACCUGGCAAGGUUUUAGAGCAAUAAUCACCGAAAGGGACCUUCCAUCACCUAAAAAUGGCGGGCCGGAGACCUCAGGGAAGAAGGUUCCUAGGGGUUAAGGUGAAGGUGGUAGGAGACUCUACCUUCAUCUUCUCCCCCUAGCUUGUUAUUCUUCACUUCCUGGUGAAAUAAGGUGCUUUAGAGGUCUUCCUCCUCAUCGAUUGUUGUGCCUUCUAUGAAUCUAAUCCUUCCAAAGGAAAAAAAAAACAGAAAAGAAAUCAUUGGUGCCCACAGCAGUUAUAGCUGAAAGAAGAAAGUUUCUGAGUUCGAAAAUGUGCUUUUCUAUUCUCACUGUAAUUAUUUUUCUCUCCACCCCGCUUUCCCCCACAAAAACACCCCACCUUUUAAACUCCACCCCCCUCGGUUGUAUUAUAUGAAUUCUUUCCUGUUCUCUUCCGUUCUCCACUUCUCCAAAGUGUUACUUCAGCCUUCCCUUUCAAUCUGCCUCAGAGAGCCUCGGCGUGCCAUACCUUUCCUUAAGCCCGUUGUAGCACUAAAGCCAGCACACCACACAACACGCGCAUACAAACCCACAAACACACACACACACCCCUUUCAAGGGAAUCCACUGGUGGUGAGCUCCCUGUGCAAAUUGAACAUACAGCUCCUCUCCACUGCUCUUGUGCCAGACUUCACAGAACACUGGUCUCAACGAUAGGACAGUGACCCAGAACAUAGCCCUGUUUCACGACCCAACGUAACCUUGGUCGCACCGGUGGUAUUACAGCCAUCUUUUGAGAGGUGGAAGAAGACCAGACAUGGGGAGGAGGGUCAUGCACGGGCUCACUCUCAUAAUGCUGGGAUUUUGCCCAGAACUGCCUCAGAUGUAGGGUGUGAAAACAACAGAGAAACUGUGCGGUUGCAUUGAUAAAGGCUUACUUAUGCCAGAUGGGUAAGGUUCUCAACUUCUUCCUGACUAUUGGGGGCGAGGCGGAUGUGCUGUUCCAGCAAAUGGACAGCAGGUGGAGCCAUAUCAACAAGUAAUCAGCCCUUGUGGCUUUUACAAUUGGUCCUGUUGGCGUUUGCAGUAUUUCGGAGGAAAGGGUGCCCGUUCCUCUUCCUACCUCCGUCCUUGUAUGUGGCAGUGAGUUGUCAUCAGACCUGGUUGAUUCGAUGGAAGCACCGAGCUUUUCUGUUGGACAUCAAGAUCUGUACGGUGCGCUGAGCACCCCACCUCUCCGUUUUCUGAUUUUGGCAUGUCUCCCGUUGCCUUCUCUUUCACCGUGUCUCUUCAUUCCCCCCCCCCCGGCAACAUGCACCUCUCUGGUAACUUUAAAAAACCAAACACACGUCUUCUGAGAGAAGGGACAAGGUUGAGUCGCCGGGAGAAUUAGGGAAGGAAAGACGGAUGGAGCAUAAGAGUGGAAACCUCUGGCCUUCCGGAUGUGGGUAAACAACAAUUCCUAUCACCCCAUGGGACUGAUAGGAGUUGGGGGUCCAGCAGCAACUGUAGGAAGGACCAUGGAGUCUCCCUCCCUGCCCUGGUUUGGGGGGGAUGGAAUGGGGAUGUGGAGAAAGUCCGACGUUCAGCUGGGAAAGAGAAUGGGGUAGGAGGGGUGCCUCCAGAAGGGGAAACAAAGGCCAGGUAGACCGCAAAGGUGUCUGUAAGCAGGCAAAGCUGGGGUCUUGUCUGCGUCCUCAGAGACCAGAAUGCUCUUCUGUUGCACAUGUUCUACUUUUUCUAAGUGCCUUUAUUAUAUUGUGUUGAUAAUGUGCUUGUAUUUGUAAGAAAACUCAUAUUUUGCUGGGAUAUUUUAUAUAUAUGUGUGUGUGUAUGCGUUAUACGCGAAUAUAAGGGAGCGGAAUUGACUCCCAUCAGCUGGGACGACAGAUCCAAAGCUUUUUAUCCAGGCGGUAUUAUUAUUGUUAUUAUUUUGUCUAUUGCUGUACAAAGAACAUAAACCUGUAUCUUCAGAUAUAUUAGA